CUGAAACGAACUGAUUUAAAACCCAGACCGACAGAAAGAGAAAACAACAAUAGAGUUUACGUUGGACUCUUUUUUAACUUUGGAAUUUUAUACCAAACAGACUGGAAGAGUGAAGAAUAACUGCAACCAUGGCUCCCAUUCUACUCAACUGCCUUGGAACAGAACACAGCGAAUAUAUUGAGCAGGAGCAGUAUGUGAAGAAUCCUCACCUGGAUUCCAUGGAGGAGGACAUCCUUUACCACUUCAACCUCGGCACCAAAACCCACAACCUGCCCGCCAUGUUCGGAGACAUCAAGUUUGUGUGUGUUGGGGGCAGUGCCAACAGGAUGAGAGCUUUCGCUCAGUUCAUUCAUCAGGAGCUGGAGCUGCCUGGAAACGUGGACGACAUCAGAGACAUCUGUGAGGAAACUGACCGCUACUCCAUGUACAAAGUGGGACCUGUGCUGUCCAUCAGUCAUGGCAUGGGCGUGCCCUCCAUCUCAAUCAUGCUGCAUGAGCUCAUCAAGCUGCUGUACCACGCCCGCUGCCGUGACGUCGUCCUCUUCCGCAUCGGAACCUCCGGCGGCAUCGGUCUUGCCCCAGGCACGGUGGUGAUCACAGAUAAAGCGGUGGACUCCUUCUUCCGGCCCCAGUUUGAGCAGGUGGUUCUGGGAAAGGUGAUCAUCAGGAGCACAGAGCUGGAUGAAGAGGUGGCCAGAGAGCUCCUGCAGUGUUCAGCUGAGCUGUCCGGCUUCCCCACCGUCAUCGGCAACACCAUGUGCACACAUGACUUCUAUGAAGGGCAGGGCCGAUUGGACGGUGCUCUGUGCUCGUUCUCCACUGAAGAAAAGCUGGAGUAUCUGAGGAAGGCUCACGAAGCUGGCGUCAGGAAUAUAGAGAUGGAGUCCACAGUAUUUGCUGCUAUGUGUCGUGUCUGCAAUCUCAAAGCUGCAGUGAUCUGUGUAACUCUGCUGAACCGGUUCGAGGGGGAUCAGAUCUCUACACCUCAUGAUGUUCUGGUGGAGUAUCAGUCAAGACCCCAGUGCCUGGUGGCGCACUUCAUCAAGAAACGCCUGGGACUCAUCGCCUAAAGACUCAUUUUACAAGAAUCAUCUGCGAUCACGUGAUCACCUUCACUAUACUGUAUAUCCGAUCACCUUUACUAUAAAAUGAUGAACUGAUUCAAGAUAUUUGAUAUGUAAGUGUUGAGUAAUCUAAUGAGCUGGAGCAACUCCAAACUGUGCUCAACAUAUGAGACCUGUUUCCUUUAUAUGAGACAACAUAUGAGACCUGACUCCUGUAUAGUGUAAAUAGAACUGUUUGUGCUGUGUUUGUAUUUGUAUUAUUUAACACAGAUGCUGUUCAGACAGGCUUGCUUUUGAAUUUAUUAUGUAUGCCCUGUAAAUAUUUAUAAAUAUACAAAUCAAGUGUACUUUAUGGACUAUUUCUUAUUUGAAACAGAAGUAAUGUAAAUUGUAUUUUUGCUUUGUGAAAGAAUUAAAUAUUAAAAACA